GCCGACGUCGUACCUAGUUCAUAACACGAUUGGAACUAACUUUUGAUCAACUAAAUUGUUUUAAAACACUGAAGUCCAAACCAAUGUUAUAUAAAAAUGUAAAAUAAUGUUUAUUUAAUUAUUUACAAUUUUUAUUUAGUGUUCAUAUUUUAAUAUUAUAAAGUAAUAUUUAAUUAUUUAUUAAAUUUUCAUUUUUAAAGACACUACACUGAUCAGACUGAAAGGCAUUAGCAUCAGACUCGGAGUGUUAAUUUAGAACAAGUAUUUUGGUUUUAAAACCUUUAUGGUUUUUGAAUAUUUUCAAAUUGGCGCUUACAAUUGGUUUGUACAAUGACCUGGUUUGGUUGGACAUGAUCUUUGGUUGUGUUUAUAAGCAAGGUUGAAUACAUCUUGUAACCAUUCUGAGCAACUGUGGUAGUACAGUAAUUUCGAUUCUGGAUACCAUUAAAAUUUGUGUAAUUUUACGAGAAAGUUAAUGAGAAUAGAAGUAAAAAAAAACACACUAGUGGAAAUAUUAGAUAAUUUUGUUUUAUCAGGAUUUGAUUAAGUUUAUGACAAAUAGUUGUUUUAAACAAACAUAGAUAGCACCACGUAUAACAUAUUUGAGCCUGUAUUGCCGUAUGUUAAAUUUUACUUGACGUAUAGAGAAUAUGAAACGAUACUAUGAUUAUUAAACAUCAGUAUAAUAAAUACUAGUCUGUAGCUAAUGGUAAUAUAUUACUAAAAGAGUUUUACAAUUAAUUUAUAAGAUAAAUUGAAAUCCUAUUCUGUAAUUGUACUUAUUUAUUAAACACUUAUGAAUACUACGACGAUUAAGAUGGAAAAAUACCAAUGGAUAAAUCCCGACCAUCAUAGUAUAGCGGUCGAUGAUCAAAAACAACCAGUUCUUAAUGAGAACGGCGAUCUAAUAGUUUUGGAUAACGAGAGCGGAAAAUGUAUUGCUGUGCCAAAUUCCGACGAAGUUUUGGAAAUAUUCGGUUUUGGAUACUCAUCGGGCUAUGGUUCCCCGACAGGUUCUCCCAAAGAUUCACCCGAACGAGAUAUGAAACCUAUUGUACAAGUAGUAACAGAUGCCGAUCAACUGCUUUGGAGUAUGCGGACACCUUGUCAGAAGGAUAUCGAAGCCACUAGAGAAAUGUUGGCUUUGGUCGCAUCGAAAAAGUAUCAAGACAUGUUCAAUGAUCAGUGCACUGUAAAAAUACGCGUCUGGAAACGCAUCUGCGAAGAAUUAAUGAACAAAGGUUAUCGUAUAGCCGAUUCCGUCAACGAGGGUGGUAUCAAAUGCCAUCAGAAAUGGCGCAAUUUAGAAAAAUCGUACCGGAAUUAUCUGAUCAGUUCUACGGACCCGAAUAGUUCUGCCCCGAAAAAACCACCGCCGUAUUUCGAAGCUCUACACGAAAUACUUAAGAAGAAGAAAAAGUACGCUAACGCAGCCACCUACACUCAGACCGUUGUCGUGGGCGAAGACAUGAUGACCGACGGCGACGGAAGCGGUGGUCAUCUAAACGAUACGGACGUACUAGACGACAUGGAAGACGGCGACGGCCAGAACGAUGACCAUUGUUAUGUCGUCAACAGCUCGGGACACGUUUCCAAGAGAUUCAGAGUUGAUCCUCUGACCGUGUGCACUACGUCCGGUGGCUCCGGUUCGGGCGGCGGCAACGCCGGUGGGACUCGAGGCAGGCAACCGCAGCAACAGCCCGACGUACUCGAGCAGAUCCUAGAGCAGAUGGUUCGGGUUCAUAGAGACACUAUGGCUAUGCACGAACGACACUAUAACAGAAUAGAAAAGCUAAUGAAAGAGAACUCGACUCAGACCAAACGGUUGGCCGACGUGCUAGGGCAACUAUUGGUCAACAGAGAGGACAAAAACGACAAGUCCAUCAACAUGGGAUCGGACGUGGAAUGACGAUGUUCACGAACUAAUAUUAGCGAAUAACUAAUUAUAUCAGUUAUUAUAUAAAUAAUAAUUAAUUAUUUAAGUUUUAAAUACCUCAUGUAGUGACCGCGUUUUUUUCUAAUGAAAAUUCUCAAUUUUAAUUGGUUUUCUGAUCAUUUAAUGAAUUUAACUUAAGUUUUUUUUUUUAAUGUACAUUUUAUUUUGACAGCCACAUUUUAUACAUAAUGAAAAGCUUGUAUUUUAUACAUUUUAUUUUAUAAACAAAACUAUGCAUGUUAGUAUUUGAUUACAUCGGUGGCUGACAUUGGUGCACAACAUAGCUAACAUUACGCUGUUAAAUAAAAAAAAAAAAAAAAUGUAUAAAAUAAACACGUUCAUCCAAUUUAUUACUUAAGCAAUUGAUAACAUUAUACCAAAUCUUGGAUUAUUUUUUUAUUAUUUAAUUAUCGAUUUCUGUUUGCCGUCUUUCGUCCUCUCAAUUAAAACAGCGUUGUAAUAAUUAAUUCUAAUGCAAUUUUUUUUAUGCACAUGGUUUAAGUGUUCUAUAAGAGUUGUUUACCGUGUCAUUUGAACAUAUUUGAAAAACUGCAAGCAUACAGAGUGUGGUGGGUGGGUAACGUUUACGUUUGACCGUAGCCGUUGCGAAACACUCUACUCGACGCGUUUUCGCCGUACUGGUAUUUUUUAAUGCGCUCGGUACACGCGUAAUAUUGUUUUUCGUUUGUAGUUCUCUCUCUAUCCGUCUUUGCAUGUGCCAUAAUAUUUGUAGGCAAAGGGGAAUCAAAACGCACACACACACGUGACACAAUGAGGUCUGGUCGACCAUAACCUGGGACAAGGUUAAUUCGCUUGUCCCUGUACCACACACAAUGUUAUAAAUAUAUAUGUAUUAGAGGUUCAUGACCUGCAGGCGUUGUAAAAACUCUCGAAACCAUUCAAGUGCAUAAAA